AUGUCGGCGCCGACGACUAAUUUUACACAGCAGGAGAAACAGAGUGAACGGAAUAAUGAUGGCACACUUUCUACUGGUCAGCAGAAUUCCAAGGCGCAAAAUGGAGGGAACCAUAAAAGAAUCUACCAGGCUUGCAUUCCAUGUCGUCGUCGCAAAGUGAGAUGUGAUUUAGGAAGUGUCGAUAAUCCAAGUGAUCCACCAUGUGUACGAUGUCGACGUGAAAGCAAAGAAUGCUACUUUUCGGCUACAAGAAGAAAGAGGAAGGCAGAUGGGAGUAGAGAGAAUAGUGUUGACAAUGAGUUUGCCGAUGACUAUGUAACACGCAAUGGCCGAAAGAUGGUUUCUGGUUCCCCUCCUGCCACCUACAGACAAACAUCUAUGGGAGCCCCCCCUUCUGCUCGAUCAACAACUGGUGCAUUUCCAGACAGUGCACGUCUGGAUACUGGACCACCUCUUACCCCAGGUGGUUCUAUCGGAAGAACCCAGCCAUUGCGAAGACCUCGAUCGGAUUCACAGGAACAAGAAGAAAGAGACGAGAAUGUAGAAAAUCCAGAGGCACAAGAAGUUAUGAGGCAGGAGGUGUAUGGCCCACAUGAUGCUUUGGAUCUCCUUUACAAAGCUGCCACUGAUGAUCCCGGCCACAAAAGACCACGACUUGAUAGUAACAACCAAGAAUCUCCUAGAAUUGGACAUAGAGCACAGUCUGCCUCACAGAAUUAUCAAGGCCCUGCACCUCAGCAUACUUCGUUUCCUAUAAGCCACAUGCGACACACAACUAUAAGACCAGAAGCUUCAAUUGACCCUACAUUAUCAUCUGGUAGUACUAUCCCUUUGGAGAGAGACCAUGAUCUGGGAUACCAGGAUGCAAUCAAGGCUUGGUCGAGAUUUAGGUUUGUUCGUGCAGGGUGGUUCACCGCAGUGGAAGCAAUUCAAUACAUAACUUACUAUUAUGAAUUCUUGUCACCACUAACACCCAUCUCUCCUCCCACCUUCAAGGAACCAUACACCCACCCUAUGCUUCUAACCGAAGAACCAAUUCUUACAGUGACAUUAUUGACAAUUUCGAGCCGGUAUAUGAAGAUAUCUGGAGCCGGAGGACAUUGUAGAUCGCACGCGAUUCAUGAACAGCUUUGGACCUACUUGAGAGGCAUGAUUGAGAGAUGUCUUUGGGGUCAAGAGGCAUUUGGUGGUGGAUUCUGCGGUUCCGGGGCAGAGGCUUCUCUCACAUCAAGCACUGCACCAUGGAGAGGACUUCGAAAAGGAAGUCUUCGAACUCUUGGUACAAUCGAAAGUCUUAUGGUCUUAACAGAGUGGCAUCCUCGUGCUCUUCAUUUUCCUCCCGCGGAAGCAACUGAUGAACUUAUGUUACCAAUUCCUGACAAGGAAGACGCCUACAAUACGGAUGAUGAGGGUGGCCACCGUCUACCUGGUGGUGUUGGUGGGCGAAGAAUCGAAGGUUGGUUGGAACCUGCUUGGAGAAGUGAUCGAAUGUGUUGGAUGUUGCUGAGUACCGCCAUGGGUCUUGGCUACGAAUUAGGUGUUUUCGAUGAUAUUGAUGAAUCGUUGGCUGAUGGUGGAGAGAUGACACGACCAGAGUACAAUGAGGAAUCAUAUCGUUUGAGAGCUGCAAGGAUCAAACGUCUAUUGCUAAUCUAUGUUACGCAAUUAGCAGGACGUUUAGGUUGGACUAAUAUGGUUCCUGAAAAUCUGCGGAAAACAGAUCCUGCUCUUGCUCCACGAAAACGCAGAUUAUCAACCGACGGUAAAACUCCCGAAACCAAUACAACCUCUGCUACAAAUUUUAACUAUAUCCCCGACUUAGAAUUGGACGAUCAAAUUAUCCAUUGCUGGGCCGGUAUCAGUAAUGCUAUGCGCAUCGGAAAUGAAAAAAUAUUCAGAUCUAGGCAACAUACGACCAAGAUCAUCCAGGACGGCAGUUAUACAGAUCUACUUAAGGAUUUCCAGCCAAUGUUAAGCUCAUGGAAACGCGAAUUCGACAGAUUUGGAUUACCUCUAUACAUUCGACAUAUUCUGACUAUAGAGUAUGAGUAUGUUAGAAUAUACAUCAACUCUCUCUCCUUACAGGCUGUUGUCGAAAGAUGCACGAGCAAUGCAACCAAUCGAACAAACACUGCCAAUGACUUGGGCUUACCAGUAGGUAGUGCCAUGUCCCCAGAGACCCAAAAUUACUUUGGAAAGCUACCUUUAGCAAGACUCGGCGGGUUUGGAGCUACAGACCAGGGAUAUGUGAGAGAAGUCGUUGAGGGAUGUCGCAACCUACUACGUACCGUCGUAGAGGGGCUACUACCGAACGAUUACCUUAAGCAUGCUCCUGUUCGAACAUACUUCAGAAUUAUCAGUGGCGCCAUGUUUUUGUUGAAAACAUUUGCUUUGGGAGCAUCCAAACAUGACGUUGAGAUAAGUAUCAGCCUUAUGGAUGCUGCUGUUGAUGCACUCCGCAACUGUGUCGUCGAUGAUGUCCAUCUCGGCAUCCGAUUUGCGGACUUACUAGAAACUUUGACAUCUCGACUUCGAAGCCGCUUCAUCAGCGCCCCUGAAGUUCCUCCCCCUUCAGGAGAAACUGCGAGUAGAACUCGUACUCCGGCACUCCCUCAAGAAUCGGAUCCAAAGAGACAGAGGCGGAAUCCGGCUGAUCCAGUUGGAGAUUGGAAUGAUGGCCUACCAAGUUACCACUUGUCGAAUGCUCCAGGUAAGUCCACGACCUCAACACCUCUCAGAACCCCCACUCUAACCAGACCCAACACAGACCUCAACCUUUCCGCCACCCCCUACGACCUCAAUCAAGGUGAUUUCUACGCCGGCACCCACUAUUCUGCAGCCCCCGGCGGCCCAUCCUUCAACGGCGACUCCACGUACUCGAUAUUCGGCGCACCAGGUUCGGGUAACAAUGAUUGGGGUAACAAUAACAGCAACGAUGAAAUGUGGUAUCUACCUCCGGGCUCCGCCUUUUACCAAGAUCUCAAUAGUCAGGUGAAUAUUACGCAGACGGCCGACGGGGUUAACGUGGGAGGCAUGGACUUAUUGGAUUACAUGGCGCUGGAUAAUGCGUUUCCGGGAGAUGGGCAUGGGGGUUGCAUUGAUGUUCAUGCGAUGGUUCGAAUGGGGAGGAUAUGUUGUAGAUGGUCAUAG